AAGACUCAUAGGGGAAUAGACAGGGACCCAACAUUACAAAGCAGGUAUUCAAGAGAUAAGAGGGGAACCCCUCGCUUAGUUGCUUUGUAAAGAAAUCAUCAUUUUUAGAGAGAACACCCAUUUUUCUAUUUGGAUUUGGCUGUAUGGAAAGCUGCAAAGGCCCAGUCAGUGAUGCUUCAUAGCAGUUCAUUCUCAAGAAGGCACCACUGACCCAAGUGGCAUUUGCAAAAGCGGAGAUCUGAUUUCAUAACAUUCCAGACAAUGCGCCCGAGAAGCAACAGCAUCGAGUGUCCAGCCAAGACCUCCAAGCAAAGCAAACUCCACAACUGCACCAAAUCAGAAAAGGCAGAUUUAUUGGAGCCUGACCUUGGGUACCCGCAGAAGGGAAAGAAACACAGAGACUAUGUGGCUGAAACUGACACUAUCCUAAGGAGCCACAAAUCAGAGAUGAAAGCAGAGGCCUCGUCCAAAAGGGGAAAUGACCUCUCUCGGGAUGACCUGCUCUUCCUUCUGAGCGUGCUGGAGGGAGAGCUGCAAGCUCGAGAUGAAGUCAUAUCGGUGCUGAAAGCUGAGAAGAUUGACUUGGCCUUGCUAGAAGCACAGUACGGCUUUGUGACUCCUAAAAGAGUUUUAGAGGCCCUUCAGAGAGAUGCUAUUCAAGCAAAUGCCCAGCAGUGGCAAGAAGAUAUUUAUGAAAAACCAAUGAAUGAGCUGGAUAAAGUUAUUGAGAAACACAAAGAGACACACAAGAGAAUGCUAGAACAACUUCUACUGGCGGAGAAAUCACAGAGGCAAACUAUGUAUGAGCUAGAGGAUGAAAAACAGAAGCAUACAGAAUAUAUGGAGAAGAGCGAUGAAUUCACCAACCUUCUUGAACAAGAACGGGAAAGAUUGAAAAAGCUGAUUGAACAAGAAACAGCCUAUCAAGCAAAACGAGAAAAAGAGAACCACAAAAAAAUAACCAAACUCAGGGAUGAGCUCACCAAGUUGAAAUCAUUUGCUUUAAUUGUGGUUGAUGAGCAAGAGCGGUUAACUGAGCAGUUAAAACAGCAAAGUGCCAAAAUCCAAGAACUAACAUCAGCCUCCCAGCAAGCACAGGAAAAACUGGCCAUAGUAGAAGUAAAAGCAGAAGAAGAAGAGAGAAAAGCAAACAGGUUGGAGGCAGAGCUGGAAUCUCAAGCCAACAAGUUUUUCCAAGAGCAAGAAGGCAUAAUGGCCAAACUAACCAGUGAAGAAACCCAAAAUCGCCAGCUGAGGUUAAAAUUAGCUGCCCUUAGCAGGCAAAUUGACGAACUUGAGGAAACCAAUAAGACACUACGCAAAGCAGAGGAGGAACUUUGCGAUCUAAGGGAGAAAAUGAACAAGGGGGAAUGUGGUAACUCCAUCCUCAUGGUAGAAGUAGAAGAACUGAGAAAACGUUUGCUAGAAAUGGAAGGGAAAGAUGAAGAGCUUAAUAAAAUGGAAACACAGUGCAAAGAUCUAAACAAAAAAUUAGAAAAAGAAUCUUUGCAAAGCAAAAGCCUAAGGGUUGAGGUAGAUAAGCUCAAUAAGAGAAUUACAGAGCUAGAAAAACUAGAAGAUGCAUUUAACAAAAGUAAACAAGAAUGCUUUUCUAUCAAAUCUUCCUUAGAAAAGGAACGCAGCAGCACAAAACAGCUGAGUAAUGAGGUGGAAAGCUUAAAAGUCCGAAUCAGAGAGCUAGAGGCCAUUGAAGUGAAACUAGAGAAAACUGAAAACAUACUGAAAGAGGAUCUAACCAAACUAAAAACUUUAACCGUAAUGCUUGUCGAAGAACGCAAAACACUGACUGAAAAAAUCAAGCAAGCUGAAGAAAAACUAAAGUCAACCAAUAGCCAUCUUCAGCUAGAGCAAAAUAAGGUUACGUCCAUUACUGAAAAACUCAUCGACGAGAGCAAAAAGUCUCUGAAAUCAAAAGCAGAACUGCAAGAGAAAAUGCACAAUAUCAUGAAAGAAAACGAUGAGCUGAAAAAUAAACUGAGAUCGGAGGAAGAAAAAGCAAAUGACCUCAUGUCAAAAGUCACAAUGCUAAAAAAGAAACUGCAAUCACUUGAGUUAAUCGAAAAGGAGUAUCUGAAAAAUAAAAUAAAACAAGACAGCAAACCAUCUGAAGCGUUGCACCAAGAAAACAACAAAAUCCGAGAGCUCACGCAAGAAGUUGAAAGAUUAAAGCACUCCCUUAAACAGAUGAAAGCCAUGGAAGACGACCUCAUGAAAACAGAGGAUGAGUUUGAAUCUCUCGAGAAGAGAUAUUAUAAUGAACAGCAGAAAGCAAAAAUGUUUUCUGAAGAACUGGAAGUUGUAAAAAUGGAACUGGCAAACUAUAAACUGGCUGAAAAAUCUGGAACUUUCCAAGAAAAAAUGCUGCUCGCAAAGCUGAAAGAGGAAGAAGCAAAAUCGGGCCACCUCUCAAGAGAGGUCAGCGCCCUGAAAGAGAAGAUACACGACUACAUGAAAACAGAAGACACCAUCUGUCGUUUAAAGGGAGAUCAUUCCAUUCUUCAAAGGAAACUUAAUCAGCAGGAAAAUAGAAAUAAGGAACUGACGAAAGAAAUGGAAAAUCUCUCAAAGGAGCUGGAAAGGUACAGACGCUUUAGCAAGAGCCUAAGACCCAGCCUAAAUGGCAGACGCAUUUCGGAUUUUCAGGUUUUCUCCAAAGAGGUGCAGACAGAUCCAACAGAUCCGACAGAUAAUGGGCUACCUGACUACAAAAGUCUUGUUCCUUUGGAGCGUGCAGUUAUAAACGGCCAGCUGUACCAAGAAAGUGAUAAUGAGGAUGAUGAUACAAAUGACGAAGACUCAACUGUGGCUUUUAAAUGUAACUCCUCCUAUGGUAACACUUUCAAUAACAAUAGAAAACCCAGAUCCCCAUGGAUAAAACCAUAUCAGGAUCAGUCCCAAAAUGGAAAAGUGCACUUAAAACAGAAUGGGAAUUAUAUCCAUCCAGGAGAUAUGGUUCUAACACAUACACCUGGACAGCCUUUGCAUAUCAAAGUGACACCAGACCAUGGGCAAAACACUGCAACCCUUGAAAUAACAAGCCCUACUUCGGAGAGUCCGCACUCUUUUACAAGCACGGCCGUAAUACCCAACUGCGGAACUCCAAAACAAAGGAUAACAAUUAUACAGAAUGGCUCCAUAGCACCGAUAAAAUCAAGAGUAAUUGAUGGAUAUGUGAGCCCAGAUCAAGUAAUGCCAAAUUUUUCAAGGACUUCCUUUGUAAGAGCGAGAAGCCCUGACUCUAAUGGUUCCAUAACACCAGACAGAACUAUGUCCCCCAUUCAGGUGCUGGCAUUCACAAGUUCCUCAAGCUCUCCAGAUCGCGUGCUUUCACCAGAGCCAAUGGAAAUAAGUGGAACGCAUGCAGUUUUUCGUGUAUCACCAGACAAACAAGCUGGUUGGCAGUUUCAGAGGUCUAACAGUUCUAGUUCCACAUCCAGUGUCAUAACUACUGAAGACAAUAAAAUACACAUUCAUUUAGGAAGACCCACCAGCCCUUUUACUCCAGUGCAAGAGAAAAGGCACUCACUAACUAAUGGGACACUGAACAAACCCACUAAUAAAAUCACCAGCAGUAUUACUAUAACACCAACAGCUACUCCACAAUCACGGCAAUCACAAAUGACAGCACCCGAGGAAGCAGCCGUCAGCACUGGUCCAACACGGAUUCCCAAGCCAAAGCCUAUUGGUGCAUCCAAACUGCCUGUUAAGAAGAUAAACUCAGCUAAAGACAUUCCAAAUAUUCCAAUUGGCACUAGAAGAUGAUAAGACCCUGGGUCGGCAAAAGGGGAAGAUUUAACCAAGAAGAGUCUCACAUCCACAUAGGUUGGGGCAUAUGUAUCAAUAAAUUCUGUGCUGAGGCAACUGAUUGGUGGGGCGAAUAUAUCUGCAUAUUAGCAUUCUUUAUCAAAUAAGGACCCUUUUUAAAUUUCAUUUUCCGCUCAUAAAUAUUUUAACAAUGCCUUGUACAGCCGCUUUAUGGGUAAGAAUCUGAAUGUAUUGCUUCAUGGCAAAAAGCAUCUUCUGAAUAAAAUCCUGAUUUGUAUGACUGGUAUAGAGAUGUAUAAAUAAAAUCUGCAACUUA